AUGGGUUGUUGCGUCAGCUCCGCCACGGCCAACCAGAAAGAUGACCCCGUCUCCGGGAAGAACACAGCACCGCCUCCUUCCGUCGUCGAGGAAGAGACAGUAGUCAAAGAAGUCUUGUCUGAAACCACAUUGAUAACUUCCUCAAACGACAAUUCGGCAAUGGAGACGACGGCGACGAAGAUCCCGGAAGACGAGGAGAAGAAACCCGGAGCUGUCGACGCUGCUCCAGACCCGGGUUUGACCGACCCCGGUUUGGUUGAACCGGAAAAAGGAUCGGAGGUUUCAGAGGUUUGUAGUUUAAGCGAGAGCCUGCUCUCGAUCGUGAAUGGGUACGAAGAUGAAGAAGUGAAACAGAGAAAAUUACAGGGAGUGAGACAGAGAUCUCCGGCGAAAUCUCGGAACCGGGUCAUGGCUAAUUAUCCAACUCAGAGAACCGAUAUGUCUCCCCGUAAGAGAAACAUCGAAGGAGGAGGGGGAGCUGGCUCGGUGAGGCUGCUGCCGUCGGGUACGGGUAAGAGAGACCCGACUGAAAGAUCUGAGAGGAGGAGGUCCAGGUCUCCGGCAAUGAACAGGUCCGUCAUGAUGGGUCCAACUCGGAGUCAUUAUAGUACGGACAAUGGUGGAGUAACGAUGAAAAAAGGUCAGUCUCCGGGUCGGGUCAGACCUGAUCCGAAUAACAACGGCUCGGAUCAAGACUGUCAUCAUCAUCAGUGGCCGAGAUGCGGUGCGCCUGGAGGAGAUUACAAUUCUACCCCUAACGACUCGUUUGAGAACCCUCUUGUUUCGUUAGAGUGUUUCAUCUUUCUUUAA